ACGCAGUCGUGAACUUCGGAGCGGACCGAGAUACUUUUUAUUUAUAGUUAAUCGAAUAAGUCGUGUGACGUUCGUGAAUACCUGUGUAACCCGGGAUAUAAAUAUGAGUAUUGCUGCACUCAUCCAAGCCGCUGAAUACCUCGAAAGGCGAGACAGAGUUUUCUUUGUUGCAGAAGCGGAGCACGGAUAUGCGUUGAACCUGCCGGCGUACGAGGAGAGCCGCUCGGGCGGGAGACGGCCGAAGACCAAGAAGUCGCAGGGCAGCAGGACCACUCAUAACGAGUUGGAAAAGAACAGGUACGUCAACGGCCUCUCUCGGCAGCGCGCGCAAACACCAGAUACACGUGGUAACGCUAUCGAGCGAAAAACGCCUCCGGAAAGAAUUUGACGAGAACAGAAAACGCCUCUUGUCAACAAUUCCAAAGGGGUUCUUAAUUUGACUGGAUUUUUUGGGUCUUUUGUUGUCGGAAAACGGAUUUUAAUAUUUCGUCUUCAGAUUCUAUUGGUAUUAUUUAGAAUACGCACCACAGAUUAUUGUGAUGAGUUGUUUCAUCAACAAUUAUUGAUGAUUGCGAUUACGACGUGUUUUUUACGAUCACAUUUUAAAAUACGCACUCAUAAAUGCAGGUAUAACUAUGCUUUUUAGAGUUAUAUCAGAAGCGCUGCGAAUUUAGCGUGUGUCUAACUCUAGAUAUCGUACCUACAGAACCUAAAUACUAAAGUUUCGUUGUAGUCAAAAUUAUUUUCUAUAAAUAAUUCGGUUUUAUUAA